AGCACUCUCCAUGACCCUGACUCGGUUGAAGAAACAAGCGCAGUCUCUCUCUUUUACAAAGCUCCAGAGUGCAGAGACCCAAGGAAAGCCUCUACACAGCCAGCUGAUGUCUAUAGCUUCGGGGUUCUUCUUCUUGAGCUUCUAACAGGUAGAACACCGUUCCAGGACCUUGUUCAAGAAUACGGGUCAGAUAUCUCUAGAUGGGUGCGUGCAGUGAGAGAGGAAGAGACUGAAUCAGGCGAGGAACCGACUUCUUCAGGCAACGAAGCAUCAGAGGAGAAACUUCAGGCACUUUUAAGUAUUGCAACGGUUUGCGUGACCAUUCAACCAGAAAACAGGCCUGUGAUGAGAGAGGUGCUGAAAAUGGUGAGGGAUGCAAGGGCCGAAGCACCAUUCUCGUCUAACAGUAGCGAGCAUUCGCCAGGGAGAUGGUCGGAUACCGUUCAGAGCUUGCCAAGGGAUGAUCAAGUGAGCAUUUAG